CUCAAGUUACAGCUUCUGGUCCAUCCACAAUGGCUAAGGUUUACUCAAUAGUGAUCACGGCGAAAAUGGAUUGCCGUCGCUGCGACGAGAAGAUCAAGAAAGCAGUCUGCUCUAUCUGCGUAUGCGAAAUUAACAGCAUAACUUUUGAUGAGAAGUGCAAUAAGGUUACACUGGUUGGAGUCUUUGAUCCGAAGAAGGUCGUAAAAAAGAUAUGCCAGAAAGCAGGAAAAUGCAUCGAAGGCAUCGAGGUGUCGGAGGUAGUAAGCGCCCCACCAACGAAGGAGGAGACCUGUGGGGAUAAGGAGAAGAAAGAGGCCGAGGGAAAAGACAAGGGCUCCGAAAAGAAGAAAGAUCCUUCGGAGGCUAAAGAGAAACCAAAGGCAGAGUGUGAAAAAGAUGGCGCCAAGGAAAAAGACAAAGGCUCGAAAAAGAAGAAAGAUCCCUCCGUAGUUGUGGUGGUUGUAACACCGCCAGCUCCAGCUCCAGCUCCAGCUCCACGGCCUCCAACUGCUCCUCCAAAACCACCACGUCCGGAACCGAGGGAUCCGCCACAGAAGCAAGUCAUUGCAUGUGCACCUGUAGCCCUGCUAGGUGCGCCGGUGGGCUGUUGCCGGUGCGGUCCAUCUCAAUGUGGGGGCUUCUGCAAGCCUUGCCAGCCAGAGCAGUCGACCAGACCCUGCACUUGUCGAUGCAGAAAUCGUUGUGAUCCAUGCUGCGUUAGCAGCCAGGGAUGUCGUCCUUGUCAUUGUGUUACCUUCACAGAAGAAGAUUCGACAUGCAAAACCAUGUAAAGAAAUUGGUACCCAUACGUGCUUAUGCCUUGUGUUAGUGUGUAUAUGUUCGGUGAAUAUGCUCAUCAUGUCGAGAAUGGGCCUAUAUGCAUGCUGGAAUUUGAGUUUGCUGUGUGCAAGAUGAAAGGAUAGUACAUAUAAGGGGACGCAAUUUACUUGUACUCCAGAGAAAAAGUACUACUCUGUACUAAUUAGAAGUAAUUUGCUUCAUGCAUUGCUUUGGUAAUCAAACAUGCACCAAUGUUGUUGUUGUUGUCUAUACAAGGAACA